GGGCAUCUCGUUCACCACCUUCAUAGCCUCAUUAACGAGCCCAGCCCGCCCAAGGAUAUCGACAAGGCAAGAAUAACCAUAAGCACUCCUCAUGGAGUCGAAAAGCAUACGGCCUUUUCUCACGAAGCCCGCAUGGCUACAGCCCGACAGGACUCCCACAAAAGUGAUCCCAUCAGGAGCGUGGCCCGAUCUUAUCAUCCGAGCAAAUGCCUGCAGGGCCCACAUGCCGAGCCCGUGAUUGGAAUACGCAGAUAUUAUCGCGGUCCAACUGACGACGUCCUUUGCUUCAAGAUUGUCGAAAACAAUCCUAGCCGAGGUGAUGUCACCACACCUGUAGUACAUGGUGAUUAG